AGUGAUGAACCAGUACAAAGCAAUCACCCCUGCAAGACACACACAACCGACCAACCAACGCGGAAGAAGCAAACCCACAGACAAAACGCGGACGGAUAUCCCCCUUGCCCUACGCCGACAAACGGGAGAGGUUCCAGAAUAGCAGUUCCCAAAAUCACCCCUGCAAGACACACACAACCGACUAACUAGCGCGGAAGUAGCCAAACCCAUAGAAAAAACGCGGACGGAUAUCCCCCUUGCCCUACGCCGAACAAACGGGAGAGGUUCCAGAAUAGCAGUUUCCAAAGCAAUCACCCCUUCAAGACACACACAACCGACCAACCAACGCGGAAGAAGCCAAACCCACAGACAAAACGCGGACGGAUAUCUCCCUAGUCCUACCCCAAACAAACGGGGCGGUUCCACAGUGUCAAUUUCCUUCCUUUUGAGUCCCAGCCAGUAUUCUUGUGCUUCACGUAUUCACCAAAGGAUUUAAAUUGACCCCCACGAGUGCAUACGGUGGACUCAUUUACUCUGCCCCUGGGAAACACAAGAUACAGCGGGUUGUUAGCGGUGCAGCGGAGAGGCAGGAUGGGGGCGCUGCGGUCUGGGUAUUGGACUUGUCUGGCGGUGCUGGUGCUAUUGGCGACAUCGAUCUCCACUAGCGACACAGCGGCUUUACCCAAUGAAGAUGACACCUACAGGGAGAGCAGUCUGAGGGAGGUGAUGGAGAUCCCCAGCACGGGCAUGACACGGGUGUGUGUGGUGCCCAAGGAUAGCACCCCGCGGCUGAAGGUGCUGCACACGGACGCGGAGGGCGGGAUGCAGGAGGUGGCCGUCAGGAGGAGGGCGCUGACACAGAACAGGCUCAGUAUUCUGGAGAUCGAAGUGCAGACCGGUGAUGACAGUAAGCCCAGCCUCAGCGUGCGCCUCAACGGGACGGAGCUUCCCCAGCAGGAGUCCCUCAGCACCGCCAGUCCCGCCUCGCAGCAGCCCCGCACCGCCCUUCUGCUCAAGGGUCACGCUACAAUAACACUUUGCACGCCACCAACAACUGAACAGCUGCCAGCCCCUGAAGGGAGAGGAAAGGAGAAACCGCAGGACGGGGGCAAACAGACGGUGACGCCGGGGCAGGAGGGAGCCGAAGUGACGCCGACGAGCACCUCUCCACAGCCGCCCGUCACCACCGACGACGCCUCGUUCAAGGCUACAACAGAGCAGACAGUGACGCCGAGUACCUCCCCUGAGCCGCCCGUCACCACCGACGACGCCUCGCUCAACGCUACAACAGAAGAAACGGAAUCUGUCGAGGAGGAUCCCUGGUGGAGUUUCCUGCUGGUGCUGGGCAAGGUCGGGGAGGUGCCUGUGCUGGCACUGCUGCUGGGCGCCGUGGUGCUGGGGUCGCUGGUGGGGGGCUGCGUGGUCUGCCUCUGCUGGAAGGCGUGUAGAAAACCCCGCGGCAGGUACAAGCCAGUGACUGUUCGAAUGACUCCCUCAAUGCCGCCGAGUGACCUUAACAGGGGAACGAGGACUGGCGACAGGCAGGUAAAUGACUUUAUAAGGCCGAAACAAGUUGGCGACAGGGCUGACGAGCGGAGCUCAGGAAUCGGCAGUAACUUCAGCACCCUCACUAACGACAGAGGCAGCACCAACUCAGUAGAUCACGGCCAGAGGUCCGGGACCCCCUUCAUCGCGAACAACCUCGGCAGAGGGACGACAGGAAGUCUCAGCGGCUCGACAGGCCGAGGUCACAUCAGUGCCAACAACAGCUUCAACAUUCCGAACAAUGACAGCACGGCGCGCUGGGACCCCGCAACAAACACCCACAAUCCGGACAACAGGGUCGCCGAGAGCAGCCUGAUGCUCCCUCCCGGCGGCGGCAGGCCGCGCACCUACAGCAACAGAAGUAACGGCGGCUCCAUCAACAGGAACACUAACCGGAGCCCCAACAUUCCGUACACCAAGACGCUGGGGGCCAUCGCCGGGCACCAGGACACCUCGAUAAUCCAAAAUCACAACAGCGACUAUGACGACGACUGGGACGACGACCCCAGGUACGACAAGCCGUACGUAAGUCCUCCCAUCGUGGCGGAUUACUCUGUCCCUCACUCGACGCAAGUCGUCCAGUUGCAGAAACCCAACAACACGCUCCCCUCAGACAAGCCCGGAGGCCGCCAGCUCCCUCCGGGCAGGUACGCGACCUUCGUCAAAUGAAGCACCGCCGUGCUCCAAGUGAGGGCUGGUCAGCCGUAAAGGAAGCCUUUUUUUUUCUUUUUACUGGAUUUUGGAGGCUGAGUUGGCACGAGGCGGACCCCUGCACGCUUGGGGGCGACGACGCUGCUCCCCACACACGACCGUGAUUAUGAAACUGUGUGUGUGUGUGUGUGUGUGUGUGUGUGUGUGUGUGUGCUUUGGUGCCAGUCUCCCUGCCCAGGAGGGACGACGCCCACGUAUAGCCUCAAGGAACGACAGUUUCGCUUCGCUAGGCUCGUUGAUUCCCGUGGAGCACCGCCGUGAGGGUGAGGUGGUGGGGCCCUCCAUCACCCACGCUCUCCUUCCCUGCCCUCACACGCCCCCGUCCCCCCCCCUCACCCAAACACUUGUAGGGUGAAAGAAAAACCCGUCUAUAAACAAGCUGUGGCUCUGUCCUGUGUCCUC